ACACCGAGCACGCUGUGACGCCUGACCGGUUCGCCCCACAGUUGCGAUGACAUGUGAGCAAUGAAGCUUCCAUCACCAGCGCCGAAGCGUCUCACGGACACAGGCUAACUAAAUCUACGCUGACACGUCUGCGUCGCGAAAUCUCACUGAGCAGACCAUGACAGCGCACCGAUGACCUCGCGUACUCGGCGGUAGCUGAGAAUCCAUUAUAUCAAGAUGCCAGGCUCAAGUCGACGGUCCAUCUCUCUGCCCACUCUUCCACUCCGCCGUUCAGGCCUCAACCUAGACCUGCGCAACUCCGCAACCCGGCAGCAGCUCCUCGCCGGAUCAAUAGAUCUCCUCCGGAAUGCGCUACUCGUUCUGUUCAUCCUGCGGUACACGCGCAAGACUUUAGCACACCUACGCGGAUAUGGCCUGCUCGGUUCCCUACAGCGCCUCUACAAAGACCUAUACCGCAACUUCUAUGCCCUCUUCCUCCGCCUCCCAUUCGUCCAGGCCAAAGUGCGCAAGGAUGUGGAUAAAGCGAUGAGCGAACUGGAAGGGAAGCUCGUGCCCACCGGACCGGGAGUCACUACGUAUACGAGCUUACCGCUUGCGGGAUGGACGGUCGAGCAGAUCCGCAAGGAGCUGGAGAAGUUGUCGGAGAUGAAGCAUACGCGGUGGGAGGAUGGGAGGGUCAGUGGAGCGGUGUAUCACGGGGGCAAUGAGCUUUCGGAUUUGCAGAGUGAGGCGUUCCGGAAGUUUGGCGUCAGUAACCCCAUACACCCUGAUGUGUUUCCCGGGGUGAGGAAGAUGGAGAGUGAGAUUGUUGCGAUGACGCUGGCGCUUUUUCAUGGCCCGGCUAACGGAGCGGGUGUGACGACUAGUGGAGGCUCGGAGAGUAUAUUGAUGGCUGUGCUCUCUGCGCGGCAGAAGGCGUGGAAGGAGAGAGGGGUGAGGGAGCCGGAGCUAGUGCUACCUGAGACCGCACAUACGGCAUUCAGGAAGGCGUGCGAGUACUUCAAGAUCAAGGUCCAUCUCGUGCCUUGUCCGGCCCCGAGCUACAGAGUUCAUACACCCACGGUAAGCCGACUGAUCAACAGCAACACCAUCUUGCUGGUCGGCAGCGCGCCCAACUUCCCUCAUGGCAUCGUGGACGACAUACCCGCCCUUUCGCGACUCGCACAGAAGCACAAACUGCCAUUGCACGUCGACUGCUGUCUCGGCAGCUUCGUGAUACCGUUCUUGGAGAAAGCAGGCUUCCCAGCACCCGAGUUUGACUUCAGAGUUCCUGGCGUGACGAGCAUAAGCGUCGACACGCACAAGUAUGGCUUCGCGCCGAAAGGGAACAGUGUGGUGCUGUAUCGUUCCACGGAGCUCAGGCGGUAUCAGUACUAUGUCUGUCCUGACUGGUCUGGCGGCGUAUAUGCGAGCCCGAAUAUGGCCGGCUCGAGACCUGGCGCGUUGAUUGCGGGCUGCUGGGCGAGUCUGAUGCGGAUGGGUGAGGAUGGCUAUCUAGAUACGUGCUUGAAGAUUGUGGGCGCGAGACAGCGGGUUGAAGAUGCGGUUCGCGAGAACGAGAAGCUGAAGGCGAGCUUGAAGAUCAUUGGCAAGCCGAUGGUGUCUGUCGUUGCUUUUAAGGCGGAUGAGGCCGCUCCGUUCGCUGACAAAGUGGAUGUCUACGACGUCGCUGACGGUAUGAGUGGCAAGGGCUGGCAUUUGAAUGCGCUGCAGGACCCGCCGGCAAUCCACGUUGCAGUGACAAUCCCUAUCGUUACGGUGGUGGACGAGCUGAUUAGAGAUUUGGAAGUGGUGGUGCAGGAGUGCAAGGGCAAAGCGGUAGAGAAGAAAGGCGAUGCGGCGGCAUUGUACGGUGUCGCCGGCGCUUUGCCGGAUAAAAGCAUCGUCAGGGAACUGGCAAGGGGGUUUUUGGACACCCUUUACAAGACCGCAUGAGACUGCUGGCGUAUCUGAGAGCGUGCAGAAUGUAGCGUUGCAUUUGAGCGAGUUCUGCAUGAUGAGAGCGUUCGGUAGCGCAGACUGCAUGUACAGAUUGAUUGAGCUGCAUUGGCUACGCGCAGUAACCCUUCAACACUCCGCCCGUGCCGACCGCCAUUCCUUGCGCCGCAAUUACGUGUCGAGUCUUGUAGGGAAGGUGCCCUUCUCUCUCUGGUCAUCCCAUCUCUCGCACCAUGAGCUCGGGCAUAGGGAUCGGUAGGCGAGGAAGAACUGACGGCAAGGCUUGAAGUCUUCACCCUUGGCGAGGAUGCACUUGUGGUAGUCGACGUAGUUCUGCCAGCAGUGCUUGGUUUGGUUCUGGUUCGGGAAGCGAGCAUCGAAGCC